AAUUGAUGACCUCCUGGCUGUAAUUGAAUUUGAAGAGAACUAGGAAAGACAUCAUCGUCCACGCACGUCAAGCACAAGCACCGCCACCCGAGCACCUGCCGGGCGCGCUAUCGAACACGUCCAGCAUUUUGCCGUCUGAAAGAAGAAAAAGAAGAUCGAAAGUAAUACCCGUGAGGAAAAAGAAACAAGAAUAAAAUUUCCUGUAUCACAACUUCCACAAGGGAACAACCAGAACCACCAUCAUCAGGUGUAGUUUCCUUAUUCGCAGUUUACUGUGAAUAAGAUGUCCAGUAGUCACCAGGAGAACAAACAGAUCAUCAUGGCUUCUAAUCUUGAGAGCGAGAACAUCAGCACCAGCACGACUAAGAAGAAGAACGCGAUUCUUGCCCUCUCAUCUCUGGAGACCUCCAACAUUGACUCGGCGGCCGGAAAGAAGAUGUUGACCAACAACACGGCGCCGGGACAAGGGGAGCAGGAGCGUCACGACCGCGAUCAUGAUCCUGAUCCGCCCAACGAAGUAGAACAGCGGUUCUCUCCGACGAGGACCCCGAUGGAGGUGAUGAUGAGCAAGAAGAGCCGCGAACAUCAUCUUCAUCUCGAGAACACCUGCGACGUGGGGCCACCUCCGCCCCGGAAAAUCGAUCUGCUUUUCAACAACUGUUCAGACGAUGUUCUCCUCGCAGGAGCCCCGACCACCCCGAUGACCACAAUUCCGCCGUCGAGUCCCACAGAACAGGGACAAGGACAAGGACAAGUACCUGGCCAGGUCCGUCCCUUUUCCUCGCGAAGAACUACUGCGGGUGGCAGCGGCGGGUCCUUCGACUCUUGUACUUCCGGGUCGUCUUCGUUGACUUCCGCCACUGCGGGGGUUUUUGUUGGCAACAAGAAACAAGAGCCGGCGUCAGACCGGAUUUGCUCGUCCGCCGGGGAGAACAAGAACUCUUCGACCCGGUCGUCCUACGAUCUCCUCGAAGAAGAUCAGGUCGUGGACAACAUCGGCCCGGUGAACGUGAUGACCUCCGAGCAGCCGUUAUCUUCGUCUGUGUCUCCGCCACCGGGGCUCGAAGUCGUCGCGAGCAAGCAAGGCGAGGAAGGGAACGACGUCAAGCUGAGCGUGCUGUCCGACAACUACAUUUCGCCGGAGCAGCUGGACUACAAGACCACGACCAAGUCCUCGAGCCAUCAGGGACUACAACUCGUCCGCGCGAAAGAAGUACUAGGGUCGUCCAUUGUGACGCUGGAUUUGGACGACAUGCUUUUUAACAAGAAAGCCACCACGACUGGGGAUCAUAACGAGGACGUGAAGUCGAAGAAGAACACCACGGACGUCGAAGCUGGAGUUUUAGUUGCUGGCUCAUCUUCUCACCAGCUGAUGAACACGGAUCAUGUCGUGAACAAAUUCACCGACGACGACGACGAUCUGAUCUGCGAAACCCCGCAGGAGUGCAUUUCGGUCGAGGAGGACGAGGCAAACAAUGCCGCCAUCGCGGAAUUGUACAAGUUGGAUCUGGAACAGAUGGUCGCCGACAAGCUGGAAAGCACGAACAAGAGCGCAUCGCCCGGGAAGUUACAACGGGUACCACCUACAACUUCUCCGGCAAAAAAUGUGAACACCAAAACCAACUCCAGCAUCCCGACUGGUGAAGAUCCAGAUGAAAAUGACACUGAAAACGAACACCAAACUGCCAAACAGCAAGGAUCAUCGCAAGAAAUUCUUGAAGACCUUGAAGAUGACAUGAACCCCAACCGCCCCAAGACCACGCGCCUAACCGCCGCGGAGCUGAAGUUAGUCUAUUCCCGGAGAACGACACUGUACACGAAAACAAAAGUGUGCAAAUUCGAACUGUUCGGCGUGUGCCGGUAUGGGAAAGACUGCAACUACGCGCACUCCCCCGACGAGAUUAAGCGGUUACCGGAUUUUGAGCGGACUUCCUUCUGCAAGAUCUUCCUGAAGGACGGCAAGUGCCCCAACAUCCCCUACUGCCCCUACGCGCACUGCGUGCAGGAUUUACGGGAGUCGCCGGCGCCGCGGCAGCGGUUGUGCGUUUUUUUCCACGGGCCGAACGCGCGGUGUAUUUACGGACGGUUCUGCCGGUAUCUGCACAAGGUGGACAACGUGUUUAAGCAGAUCUACGGAAUUGUCACCAUUCCGAAAACGCAGGCGGAAUUGGAAAAGUUAAACGAGUAUGCAUUGCAAAUAUGUCUGGGUCUGGAAGGAUGCAACUUGUGAUGCUGAAUUUGGAUUCUGCAAAAAUCUGUAUUGCAUGAGCGGCAAACGAGGUCCAGUUUUCGCCACAGCGAGAGGGCAUUUCUCAUGCGGUAUAGGCAUCAGGAAGCCCUCACAAAAUCUGUGAUGCUAGAGCAUGCAUUACAGACAUCAGGGGUCAUGCAAAAUGUGCAUGGCAAACCUUGCAUCCUUCCGGACCCAGACGUAUUUGCAUUUGAUAACGAGAUUAUUUCCCGACACGAGAAGAUCCGGUCGCCGCGGGAUUUCAUGGACUUGAUGGAAACUGCGCGGAACACGCCGCGACAUGGAACUGCUGUAGAAGAAGGACCACCUCAACAUAGCGCAAUUACACAACUGCAGGUCCUCGCGUUGGGGAAAGCGAAAGAAGCAAUGAAUGUUGCGGAAAUGAAGGGUCGUCUCGUUCCUGCCUCUGGAGGUGGAACAACAAAGGGGAACAACAAGAACCAGAAUUCUUUACCGAUGGUGGAUGCAGACGGGCCGGACAUUAACUACGAGCGCGUUCUUGCUGAUGGCAAAGGAGAAACUGCUGCUGCUGCUGGUGGACAACUACAAGGACCGGGCACAAACUACUCGAAAGGUGGACAUAAAAAUGCAGUCGCAGACGAGAAGAUCAUCAUGCAGCAGCAAUUCAACAUGGUCAAGGGUGGCAACGGCAAAGCCAAGGGGCCCGGGUCCUCGAAGAAGGGCGGAGGUGCGAAAGGAAUGAUGAACAAUGACCAGUUUUUGCAGCUGAGCUUGAAUCUGAACAGUGACAGUCGCGGCCGCAGCACUUCCGCUCAGCCGACCAGCAACCCAAAGAUGUUGAGCAAGGGUUCUACUGCUGCAGCUGCCCCCGCCGGCGACCAAGUAGACCAAGCCCAAGUCCAGAAUCAGGAGUACCUCCUUAGCCUCUCCACUUCGAAGGAGAAGCAGGAAACGCUUGUCAGCAACAUCUCCAAAGACGCGCAGUCGUUCAUCGCACAAUCCCCAGAGCCGGGCUCUCUCUCCCCGGACCAGCGCAUGCACCGGCUACGGCAACUAAGGGCAAAGCAGGAGCGCGCACGAGCCUUGCUGGACGAUCUGUUAGCGGCGAACGACUAUGCGGCGCGGAAACGAAAAGUUCUCAGACAGCAGGCUGCGUCGAAUACUUUUAAGGGCGAGAGCACGAGUAAGAGCUUAGGGAUGAAACAGGCGAAACAUCAUGGGGAAGGCAAGGACGAUAUUAAAGUGAACAAAGACAACAGCUCCAGCACCGCCUCUUGUUCUACUUCUACCACGGCAUCAACCAAUACUGUGGACAAAGAUAAAGAAGAACAGGAAAAGCUCCUGGAGCAAGAGGAAAAAUUAGCGAUGCAGCGGAUUCAGGGCAUUUUCGACGUGAUUGCGGACCUGGAUAAAGAGUAUCCAAGAAAAAAACUGUGUUAGUGUAAGUCUUUUGGGAAAACAGCAUCACAAGUUCGUCUGCCAUGACAGGACAAACUUGUUAUGCGCAGAUACUACAAAGGGAAAACACAUAGGAAGCGAGCCGGUCAUGCGUGAUGUGUGUCGAGCAUGACAAGUGUAACUGUUUGGCAUUUUCUGCAUCACAGAUUUACACUUGCGCAGUUUUUUUCCUGCAUAAAGAGGAAAAACAGUUCAUCGAGGGAAGUUUGAAAGCGAAGCGGGAUUCCGGGGUGGUUUCGACGAAGAGCGAGGAGUCCUCUUCGUAUCCACCAGCCAUAAUUGCGCUUGGAACCAACUACGGAGCUAGUUCCACCGGUCGCGUUUCUUCCUCUUCCGGUUUGGACUCUGCCAGGACGAGUCAACUUUCUCCGCUCACGCUUUUGGCCAAGACGAAACAGAGCUCCGCUUCCUGUUUUGAAGAACGAGAGGAGCGAUCGUCUACUGCUGGUCGCGAAGAACAGUUAAUAUCCAACAUUUCCGGAGGCGAUGUUGUUGGCGUGAAGAAACGGAGCAACGAGCUGACGUUGAAUUUGAAAGGCGCUGGGAUCAACUACACCGGUAAAUAUUAUACGGAAAGCGAGGAGGAUCUUCACGUUGCAGUUUGUGAUGAAAGUACAACUACGAGGACUAGUCAUCCUAUUUCGGAGAAAAAGAACAACAUGGUGAACAAGAACAAGCAGGGCAACAAGAAUUCUGUGAACGUCGAGCAAGUGCCAUCUUCUGCUCCUUUCAAAAAUUAUAAAACCUCUUCCGCCAACAUAAAGACGGACACUUCGACCUUUUUGACCCUAUCCACAGAAAAAAACACAUCCACAAUCAUUUUUUGCAUGACAAAGACAUGACUUUAUACGUGUUUUGCAUGACAAAUUGGAUGUGGUGGAUGGGUUUUUUUCUGUGGAUAGACGCCGGCCGCCUACGACUACCACCACCCCUGCCCGUUGGUUUUGACACGAAUCGGCACCUCUCCCGGAGCUGGUGGACAAAGCAUCAUGAUGAAAGAGGCUGCUCCUUCUGCAAAACAAGGGGCUGCUGCUGGAGCUGUCUUGCCGAACAACAAGCGCGGCGCUGGUGAAGGAGCUGCGUCGAAUAAGGGCGGCCGCGGGAUCAUGUACAACGAUAUGGCCGCCAGGCGCGGCGCGACUACUGCGUCUGCUCCUGCUCAAGAGGAUCAUUCGCAACAAGUACGGGCGGGAAGGAACAUCAACAUCGCAACGAGUAGUGCUACGACCGCAAAGACCAAUAAAAAAACCACGACGUCGACGUCCCGUGUGGUUGAACAAAAGAACCAGACGAAUAAAGUCGUCAAGAACAUCACCCACCACGACCGCAAACACAGUUCCACUUCCACAGUCCGAUCCUCCGAAACCACUACCCCGUCCGUUAUCGAGCCGCCACCGGGCCUGGAAGCGCAACAGCCGCAGAUGAGCGUGAAGAACCAGCUUGCCUGUGUGAUCGGGGAGAACAACGACGAAAGAAGUCCGACCUGGUCGAUGGAAAUUUACAUGGAGGGACUACACAAGAAAACGCCGCCGCGGGGCGCCGCGGGUGGACACAUUCGGAGCAAAAGCUACUGCGGAACAAACAUGAUUAACGGGUUUGAACAAGAGCAGUACAAUUUCAACAUCUGCCCGGCUCCUGGUGCUACGCCUACUCGAGGGUAUAAAAAUCUUCAUGCGCCCUUACCAUUCUCCGGCAAUAAGGGCUGCAACAGCAACUACCCCGCAACUAGUACAGCCGCUGUCUCCGUUUAUUCCCCCGUCAAUGGUUCCACUCCUGACUCUCUCGGCUGCACGACGGCGAGCGGAAAGAGCAACAACUCCGCGGACAACGCCGAAAAUAACCUCCAUUCGAUCAAACACGUUGCGGGUACGAAGGGUUACUUCGCAGGAAAAGUCGAGAAUUUUUACCUACACCCUGGCAGUUCUAUGUUAACUCCGUCCCCGCAGAAACGCUCGAAGUCGAUGCAUGUUGAGCAGUUGUUGGCCGCCGCCGGUGGUCCUUCUCCGAGGACCCCUGUCGCAAUGUUGAAAGGUGGCGGCGGUGCUGGUGGUGUGUCCUCUCCCGGCGGGAAGACGAACGGUAAAAUUUGGGCGGAGACCAACAUGAAGGGUUCUUGUGGUCGUCCUGUUUCCGUUUCACCCACUGUCUCUGGUAACAAGAACGAUAGUUCUUGCGCCGGAAAGGGAAAAAAUCCAAGUGGUCAACAACAACAAGCCGCUGCUCAGGACAACAAUAACAAACCGACCACUGCAAAAGGUGGCAAGGGAACAUCAAAAGGUAGCAAAAACCCGCGUUCCAAGAGUUACCAUUUCGGGGAUCAGGUGAGGAUGUUGGCAAUGGCCCACUACGGUGUCGGGUGGAAUGGAAAAGACGAACAGCAAUGCUACUACACUCCUGCUGGCGUUGAGAAUGAAGAUACAACUGCUUUGCACCAGCGUGUGAUGAAAGAAGUCGGCAAGGGCGGAAAGAUGAACAGGAAUGAACAGCAAGGAGCUACUGCCACUGGUACUGCCCGUGACGGAAAAAUCACAACUGUUGACAAGAUCUUCACCCACGAGAACCACUACAAGAUUUUCGACGAAGAUCAUGCCGAUAACGAGAUCAUCGAGUGGCCAUGCACAUCCAAUUCGGAAGAAGAGGCCGGCGCUACCUGGUCGGGCUACAAGAAAUCCCGCAGGGAGCGAUUGUAUAAUAUUGCACAUCUUCAUCUUGUUGUUUUAGUUUUCAAAAAUUACUCUUGCUCUUCUUCGUUCAAUACAGUUGGUUCACCUCGAAUGUCUACUUCAGUCGCAGUUUUCCGUGAAGAGAUUUAGAUUGAUUGGUAACUCCUACAACCUGUAGUCAAAUAUGGACAUCACAGACUUACUUGGUUGCUUCGCAACCGCAAGAAGAAGUGAGCAUGACUGAAAUUGAAAAACGACAACCGGAAAAUGAAAAUUAAAAUCAGGGAGAACAACGUCCCCGAGCAGCCGCGUGGUAAUUUUGCUUCGCCGAGGCAGCACGAGAAGAUGAAGCACCGCGUGCCGAUAUCGUAUUGAAAAACAUUCCCAACCCAGAGUUGUAAUGCAAAUCUGCAUGCUGAGAAUGUUUCUCAUGCGGAGCCCCAUGAGAGACAUUUUCUAUUCGCGUUUUGAAAUUUGUCAUGCUCCUCCAAUCAGCAUCUUAUACUGGAUCUGUGAUGCUGCUGAUCUACCUCAAACACCACUACACUACGAGUCCAAUAAAUUUGUCAUGCAAAACAGCCAAAACUUGUGGAUUUGUUUAGCCGCUUCCCCAUCUUGACUAUGGGGUGGGGACGUUUUUUCUCAGGAUAGCCGACUCCGCCCCGACCGUCGAGGAAGAAGAAGAUGCCGCAGGACAACUAUAACAACGCUCCGCCGAUUUUUGCCGCGAAGCAGGGUAGUAUUGACAAGUUUUCGGGGUUUCCUGCUGCUGCGGGCAGCAAGGGUGGACCGCAGAGGACAGCAGGUGGUUCGAACAAGAAGGGGAUCCUCAUGAAAGGCUCUCCACUUCCGAUCGGUGCCGUGAGCUGCCAUGGUGGAAAUAAAGGAGGCUACUCUAGUACUGAAGACCAUCAUGAUCCGCAGUACUACAACCGCUACGACUACACCUCCGGCCAGUACUAUCAUGAUGCUGACCUGUACAAGCAGCAAAUUCAUCCCUUGUUUCCGCCGUACAAAUACAACCCGGAAGUACAACAACUAGAUCAACACCAGCGCCGCAUGUACACGACAACCUCCGGGCCCAUGCCCGCUAUAAUCAUUCCGUCUCCUCCCACAGCUCCGACUACGAUUACGUCUGGCGGAGCUUAUCAAGAACCAUCGCAGCAUCAACGACCAGCAGCUUUCCGCCACGAGUUGGCGGCCCAGGAUCUGGAUCAUCUGAUGUACAACAACUCUGUUCGCCCCUACGCGGUCCACGGUGGUACAAAUCCCAAUGGUUCCUCGGUGUUGCAAAAAUCCACGCAAAAAAAUUCGAAGAAGCUGUAUACUUGUGCUGCUCAUGUUGACGGCAAUGUUCCCGCUUAUUUCUCGGAAAAGAAGCUGCACCAGCAACGCGCGAGCGCGGCAGGAGCUGCUACUGCUCCUACUGCUCCUACAACUGCUGCCUACGAUCAUGAAGAACAGAUCGCGUGGGAGCGGCAGAUUAUGCAUUGCAAAAGUAUCGUACCCGUAUAAAUGCAUUACAAAUUUCCUCAGCGUUAGAAAUAAAAUCAAUUUGUAAUGCGGGUUUACCGUAACAAAAAGAUUUGUAAUGCAUGACUGCAAUUACUACGAGUGCGAUACUUUUGCACAGGAUACAGAUGCUGCGGCAACGGUCGAUGGAUUUGGAAGAGAAGCUGAAGAAGCGUUUGCACGAAUUGUAUCCGGAUGAACAAGUAGAAACGGCGGACGUUUUCGGUGGAAACAUCAAGAGUGGAACUGCUUGUGGAAAUAACAACAACGAAUCCUACUACACUCUGGCUUCGAAAAAGGACUUCUCGCAGCACACGGCGACCUCCGCACACAACUAUGGAGGUUUUGACAACAAGCAGUACAACUACUCGCGGUCCGCAACUGGUAUUUCGUCGGGUAGUUGUGGAAAAACUUCUACAAUGGGAACAACACCAAACACGAAAACAAACAUCAGCAAAAACAAUAAAGCGAAGAACAAUAUCCACCCUAAUGGCGGGGUGGGCACCAUGGAAGAUACGGGGGAACCUAUUGGGAACGUGCACAAGAAAUACCGGAAGAAAGAGCAGAAGAAGAACAGGGUUCGUUGUAACAAGCAGGGCACUUCUGGUUGUUCCUCAUCCAGUUCGGGCAGUUUUUCCACUACGAUGCCGUCCAGCAACGAAAAUUUUUCCAACUCGGGGAUCAUCCAGAUGGCCAGUAUUAACCGCGGCUCUUCGUCUUCCACUUGCGGGUGA